AUGUUUCUAUGGAAAGCGUGUCAGAAUGCAUUACCAACGGCUGAAAAUCUACUAAGGCGAGGUAUUCAAGUGCCCCCAAGCUGCUGUCGCUGCGGUGAACCAGAGACGACGAUCCACCUCCUAUUUCAUUGUUCCUUUGCGCAAGCUGUAUGGAGCAUAGGCCCAUGGGCGCAGCGUUUCGACGCCAUUGAGAUAACUUCUCUAAAGGAGGCCCUCAUCCUCUCCAAAGGCUGGACUUCACUUCCCCCAUAUGGUCACACAAGCAACUGUCUACCGUGGAUUUGUUGGUUCCUAUGGACAUCGAGGAAUCAAUAUAUUUUUGAGAACAGAUCAUCAUCACCAAGUGAGAUCUUCCUCAAGUCCCUUAAAGCCAUCAGGGAGUGGGAACAAGCACAGGGGCAAAUCGAAACACCUACUGCGAUCCCAUCAUCCAUCGCUCAUCUCUCUCCCCCACCGUCGCUCCAUCCUCUCACACUCUGCUGUAAUACAGAUGCCGCAUGGAGAUCGGACUCGGGAAACGCGGGAUUAGCUUGGAUCUUCGCUGAUAACGAAGGGCGAGAACUGAAUCAAGGUUCUCUGUUCCAAAAACACGUCUCUUCGGCAUGCAUGGCGGAAGCCUUGGCAAUCAGGAGUGCUCUUCUUCACGCGGCGGAGCUCGACUACAAAUUCAUCUGGCUAAGAUCAGAUUCACAAGUGCUCAUCGGAGCUAUAUCAUCUGGACGGUUUCCGACCGAGCUCUAUGGAGUACUUUCGGACAUCGCCGUGAUCUCUUCAUCGUCUUUUACUGUUUGUCACUUUUCUUUCAUUAAACGAGAGUCAAAUGGGCUUGCGGACUUAAACGCUAAGGCUUGCUUGCUUUCUGGCCCAAGCUCUGUGUAA